ACCAACCGCCGGAGCCUCCCCCCCCCGCACCCCACAGCCCUGCCCGGCCGUGCCCGUGCCUGUGCCCGCGGGGCCCGGCGGCGCCGCUCCGCCCGGCGGGGGCGGGCCGGGGCCGGGGCCGGUGGCUGCGGCGGAAGGUGCCGCCGCGGGGGGGCACCGGGCAACGACCGAGCGCCGCCGGGCUGCGGCGUCACUGCGGGCCUGCGCCGGCCCCGCACCGGGCUCCACCGGCACCGGGCUCCACCGGCACCGGGACCGACACCGGGCUUCACCCGCAUCGCAGCGACGGGACCGGCCCCGGGCUUUUCACCAGCACCGCGGCACCGGCACCGGGACUAGGUCUCCAGCGGGAGCGGCCCCGGGCUUCCACCGGCACCGCAGCACCGGCCCCAGCCCCGCUGCACCGGGGCCGCUCUGCCGCACCGGGCCCGUUGCCGCACCGCAGCCGCCGCCCCCAGCCCGGCCCCACGUUCCCCCGGUGAGCGGGAGCACCGGUCCCGGCCCCGCGCCGCCCCCCCGGGCCGCCCCCGGGAUGGGGCCCGGUGGCACCGGCAGCAGCUGGCCCCUGGCCGGCACCGUGCUGGUGGCCGUGGCCGCCUCGCUGGUGGCAGGGGGCGAGGACUGCCUGUGGUACGUGGACAGGAACGGCUCCUGGCACCCCGGCUUCGAAUGCGACUUCUUCACCUUCUGCUGUGGCACGUGCCACCAGCGGUACUGCUGCCGUGACCCCCUGCGCCUGCUCACUGAGCGCCAGCAGCACCACUGCCUCACCUUCAGCCCCAAGACCAUCGCGGGCAUCGCUGCGGCCGUGGUGCUCUUCAUCGCCAUCGUCACAACCAUCGUCUGCUGCUUCAUGUGCUCCUGCUGCUACUUGUACCAGCGCCGGCAGCACCUCCGCACCCCCCUGCAAGGCCCAGAGAUCCCGUUGUCCAGCUACCCCCCCAUGCCGCCCCCAGCCCCCUUCCCCAUGGACCCCAAAGCCGACCCCAUGCCCCCCCAGCCUGGCUUCACCCCCAUGGCCAUGUACCCGCCAGCCGGCCCUGCUGCCCAGUACCCGCUGUACCCCUCCGGUCCCCCCAUCUACAACCCCACAGCGCCUCCACCCUACGUCCCAGCACAGCCCAGCUACCCCGGAGCCUGAGCACCCACGGGGACCCCGGCACCCUUCUCCUGCCACCGGCCAGUGGGGCCGGGCUGGGGACCUUCGUCCCCCCACCGCGGAGCCGGGAGAGUGCCCCAGCCGUGGCUGGAUCAGGCCCUUCCCGGCUGUCCUGGCGAUGACCCCGUGCCGGCAGCACAGGGCGGCUCUUGUCCCGCACACUGGGCCCUUUGUGGGUGCCUCCACCCCGGCUCUGGGUGCCAACGGCCCCGUGCACGCAUGGGGGGGAUGCCCGGGGGUCCCCCGAGGGCCGUGCAUUGCUGCACCCCUGCACCCCCACGUCUGGAUUCAGCCCCGGCUCUACCUCCCCUGGGGUUGGCAUUAAACCACGUCUUGUGCCACACACCCGGUGUCAUCUCGG